UAUUGCUACAACUGCUAUGAGUACUAGUCGAACUGUCACUAGUAUUACGUCUUUAAAAUCUCCUCUUUGAAGCUGCUUUCUUACUUUGACAAGUAUUUAAAAAGUAAAGUACUCUUAAGUGAGGCUGUGGUGCAGUGAAGGCAGCAGAAUACUGGAGCCUUUCCAGGUUAAUUUAAAAUAUCUACCUCCAAGAACGUGUCCUGGAAAUCUGUACCAUGAACCCAAACAUGGCCGCAGCUUCCUGAUGCAGGGGGUAAGCUGCUGGUGAACAAGUUUCACUUCCGGCUGUUGAGCGUCUGAUGAAACUUGUGGUUGACAUCAUCGGGUCUAACAUACAAAACAAUCACCUUGUGAAAUAGGAAGUCAGAGCGCUCUGCUCGCCGUGGAGGAAGACGCAGUGUCGGAUCAGAGCAGCUCCGGCUUUCAGACUCGUUGGUGAUCAUGGAUCUGCUUUGGAUGAUCCUCCCGGUGUUUCUGCUGUGCGCCGAGGCCGAGAACCUGACUGAGGUCAAAGGGCAGCUGGGGCACAACGUCACCUUAAACUGCUCUUGGAACGCUUCAGAUGUUUACUGGUACAUGGAGAUGCACAGCCAGGUCAGAGUGCCCGUCGCCCGCUCUUUCGGUAGGGAUGCCGAAAAUAGCCAUUACUGCUUUGAAAACACUUUGAAAACUAAAUAUCAAGCCUUGGAAAACAGACUUGUGAUAACAAACAUCACAUCAGAGGACCGCAGACUUUACAUCUGUGGCGUGAAGGUACAAGGCAAUAUAUCUUUUAAAGACGCCUUCCGCCUGGUCUCAGCAGACGUUCCUACUGUCACUGUGUCCAACAACAACAGUGAAGCAAACAACCACCAGCAGCCGGCCAGCAGGACAAUGUGGCAGAAUGAGUCUGUCGUGUACAGCUCGCUCGCCCUGAAUGUGCUCCUCGUCUCUCUGGUGAUAGGUUUGGUUUGUACAUCUCUGCGUUGGCAGAAGAGAAACUGCAACUGCCAGGUGAACGAGCCUUCGCCCUUCACCCCAGAGACCCUGGAGACCCCCCAGUACGAGGAGAUCCAGCUGCCCACCUACAGAGACCCCCUGCCCGUCAGUCCUCCUCUCGAGUGUAUUUACGCCAAAGCUCAGCUGCCUCUAUCCACGCUGCCUCGACAGUGACACCUGGGAUCCUGGACUGAUGGUUCUUAAACACCUGGACGGUACCUGGACACUGGUCCGCUCACCUAUAGCAUUUGUAUUUAUCAUUUAGACAGUUGGACAGACGCUUGAGAAGUGAGAGGACGUGUUCUCCGCUACCUCAGACCAACGUUUAGACAAACCGGUCUUGGUAUUUGCGGUUGUGGACUCGAUGUUUCCCUCUCAUAAAGCGAGCCUGGGUUGUCCACAACUAGAUUAAGGUGGUUCAAGGUUCAGUUUGGUUGACCUGAUAAUAAUCUGACUGUAUUGUUUUUGUAAUUUCUGAAAAGCUCUUAUUUAUGUGUUUGUGUCAUUUAUUUUCUUUGUAAUUCAUGAAAACUUUGCUCAGUAGUUUGUUUGUUUGCUGCCGACGGAUUCUUGAAUAUAUGAACAUCUCUAACAGUUAUUACAGUAAGAAAUUGCACAAAGUUUGAAAAUGUGUUAAAAAUCAUUUGUAGCAGCUAAAGGAACAACUGAGGACAAUAAACACUGCAUUCAUGUUUCUUGUGUUCAGCUGGUGCUGAAACGGACUCGGAUAUGAGACGUCUUGUGAUAAUAAACAUACUAAACUUCAGCAUUACAUCAAAUUGUAAUUCAAUUUUUUUGUGUUUUCUUUCCUCCUAAAUACAAAGAUGUGGAUAUAAAGUCAGAAAUCAGAAUUUCAGUUUUUUCAUAACUUUGGGUCUGUCUCUCUGCUGUCAAAGUCUGUUUUUAGCACGACCACCAUCUUUCUUUUAACCUCAUCUCGCCCCCUUCAUGUAUUUGCAUGUAUUUCCGUUAUAAUGUACCAAACCAUUGGUUUCUCUCAGAGACGAUUAACGGAAGUUUGACGAAGCCCUGACAGUUGUUUAAGAGUGUUUGAACCACCUGGAUGAAAAAUAUUCUGUCCGCUGAAUUAAAAUAAAGGUUUUUGACUUGUU